AUGAUCGCCGAGGUCCUCCUCGUCCUCGCAGGUCAUUCCUCUUCCCUGUUUCCCACUGGCUACACCCUCAAUCCCGCUAUCGCCCCCCUACUGCAUCCUGGAGAGCAGCAAACCCUAGAGGCACUCGGUCUGAUCGCCUAUCGGUACCGUAAAAUCAAAUCAGCAUGCGUCAAUCUGUCGCGCUCACCGUCGCGCUAUAUCUGCGCGCUUUGCGCGACAUUGAGCCAUAUUCUCAAGGAGGAUUACGAAUCAUUGGUCAUUGAAACAGAAACCAAGGUUCUAAGACGCGAUUCUGCUCUUGUUGCAAAUGGUGCAUUUGUUCCUCUCUCAGCCUUGCGUUCUAUAUUCUCAGAAUGGGACGCGCCUCUGGCUGCCCUUGUAACUCUCGUUAACGAUGUCGAAACUGAGAAAGACUGGAAACCAGGUCCAUUGAUUGAUCUACUUGUCGCUCGGUCGAAGACGGGCGUGCAUCGAAUCGCCAGCAUACUGGAACGAAUAUCUGUUGCCGUUCAACGAGUGUGGCGAACGCAGCUAACCGCAUUUCUGGUACAUGGAUCACUGUCACCGGUGGAUCCGCUUGCUGGGAAAGAUCUUACGCUCGUGACAGGAUCAAUACCAUCGUGCGUAUCACCUCAGUCGUACGACUCAAUCGCCUACGUGGGUCGUGCGAUUGCAACAGUCAAAGCGGUGAAAUGGCAAAAACAACCUCCCAGAAACCUUGCAGUAGAGCAUACUGCUUUGUUGGAGGGGGUUCUUCCUGAGGAUCAACAUGCAUUUGAUCUCGUCAUCUCGCAGAUACGGACUGAUGUGGGCGAAUGGCUCUGGGUCAACGUCCUGACGAAGAAGGAUGUCGACGAUGCAGUGGAUUCAUUAGCAAACUAUUUUCUUAUUCGUAACGGGGAAUUCAGCUUAUCACUCAUCCGUGAAUUCGAGCGUUUGAUCAUGUCGCGUCUUACCUCUCGCUCAGGAUCGGCUUCCAUGAUUCGGGAACAGGACCUUAAUCUUGCCAUACUGCGUGCAUCUCUAGGUACCACAGCUCAGCAUGAUCCAUACUUAACUCGCUUACGCUUCAUACUUCCUGCCGGGCCUUUGCGCCCCCUUCUUCCUUCAUUGACCAAUGACCCUGCUCCACCGACACAACCUGUUGCUCAGGCCAGCGGUUCUCUUUUUGAUAACCAUCUUCUCGGCACCACAUUGUUACUUUCAUACAACAUAUCAUGGCCUCUGGAUCUCUUUCUCGAUCGGGCUGAUUUAACAGUCUAUUCGACGCUAUUUUCUUUUCUUUCUGCGCUGCGCAAAACACACACAAGAGUCCACACAUGUUGGAGCUCGCUUUCUAAUGCCCAACGUGCCCGACGGCGGUGGACGGGCUUGAGUGAAGGUGGCACUGCCGAAGAUCACCAGUCAAGAGUUCAGAUGCUGAGGUGUGGGUGGGGGGUGGUGAGAGAUAUGAGCUGGUUUUUGGAUACUCUUCUAGGAUACGUUAUGAUGGAUGUCAUUGACGUGGAAUUUCGCAAACUGAAGGAACUACUGGACAAGCGAAGACAGGAGGCGCAGAAUGUAAAGACGGCAGAUGCCCACAUAUCCCAACAAUCCGCCUCAUCUCGUUUGGAUUUUAAUACCCUCCGGAUAAUACAUACCAGCUAUCUUACACGUUUGCUGGACGGUUGCUUGUUAACCAACACCAACAUUACGGCCAUCAUGCGACAGAUUUUGGACGUGUGUGAGCGCUUUGUCGCUCUUGUAGAGCGCUGGGGCGGAGAUGUUUUGCCAGCGCUGCUAUUUGAAGGCAGUCUUAGAGGCGACAGUGAUGAUGAGGUGGGAGCCCUAGUCAAGGAACGUUGGUCGGUUGUCUCGGAGAUCGAUGAGACAUUACGCGGAUUGUUGGAGUCAUUUUACGAAACGCUGACUUGGUCAAUGUCGCAACAACAAUUUUCGACUGCAGCUGACGCCUCAAAGUCGGGCAUCAUUGGGGCUAGCAUGGUGAACCAGACGACGCACAAUUUAUCUAGAAAAAUCUCGGACGGAGACACGGAUCACAGUCGGCGGCACGUUGAAAGGCUGCUGUUGCGAUUAGAUUUCAACGGAGAACUCUCCAAGCUGCGCAAAAGCCGGGGCAGAGAGGCCAACAUACUGGCUGAGGGUGGACUUGCUUGA